UACGUUCCGGAACGGCAGUUUCGAGGUUUGCGAGACUUCGGCUUCCGACCGGAGGUGAAAAGAGGAGGAAGUUGGCUGGUUGCAUCCGUCUGAGGGCUUCCCGGGCUCGGUUAACCAGAGGGCUGGAAUCUAAUCGUCGCUCAAAGGUCCUAGGUGCGCGGGUGGAUGUGAUUCCUGGCUUUUUGAGAAGAAGCUAGAACCCCAAGGAGGUAUAUCCCAUGCCUUACCUGACUGGACGUUCUGAGUUGUGUUGUCUUCAACUUAAACACCAUGGAGGCACCUCCAGUCACCAUGAUGCCUGUCACUGGGGGCACCAUUAACAUGAUGGAGUACCUGCUGCAGGGAAGUGUUUUAGAUCACAGUUUGGAAAGCCUCAUCCACCGCCUCCGUGGUUUGUGUGACAACAUGGAACCUGAGACUUUCCUUGACCAUGAGAUGGUAUUCCUCCUUAAGGGCCAGCAAGCCAGCCCUUUUGUUCUAAGGGCCCGACGCUCUAUGGACAGGGCAGGGGCACCCUGGCAUCUGCGCUACCUGGGACAACCAGAAAUGGGAGACAAGAACCGCCAUGCCCUGGUGCGAAACUGCGUGGACAUUGCCACAUCUGAGAACCUCACCGACUUCUUGAUGGAAAUGGGCUUCCGCAUGGACCAUGAGUUUGUUGCUAAGGGGCACUUGUUCCGAAAGGGCAUCAUGAAGAUUAUGGUGUACAAGAUUUUCCGCAUCCUUGUGCCAGGGAACACAGACAGCACUGAGGCCUUGUCGCUUUCCUAUCUCGUGGAAUUAAGUGUAGUUGCACCCGCUGGACAGGACGUGGUUUCUGAUGACAUGAGGAACUUUGCAGAGCAGCUAAAACCUCUGGUUCACCUAGAGAAAAUAGACCCCAAGAGGCUCAUGUGACUAAGAGCAUCUGUCCACAUUUGGGGCCUGUCCUUACUUGUUUGAAAAAAUGUGUUUUAAAUGUCCCAUUUCACCAUUGCCAGGCAUUCUUCCUUCAAGGAGGAGGAUGCCUCAUGAUGAUUUCGCUUUCAUGACAGCCUUUCUACAUUAAAGGCUCAGAACAUCACGGAGAUCUAUCUAAUCGGGCUUUAUAAAGAGGAGAAACUGGAGUAAAUUAGCUUUUGGAAAUAAAAAUUUCUUGUUUGGCCAUUUGUGUGUAAGGUUUGUAACAUUAGAGACUGUGAGUUUGUGCUGUAUGGUAAUAAAGGCAGUGGCCUAGAA